CAAUCUUUUUUUUUUUUGCACUUUUGGACCUCCGAUUUUUCCUAAAUUCUGAUCUGGAUAUCGCCACCAUGAACAACCACCCUCCACGGCCGCCGUUGCGGCCGUUAUCGUCCCCGAUCAAUCACCGCACGACUGCCCAGGUCCUCAAACACGCCGCCUCCAUCUUUUUCUCCCACUUCUUCCUCUUCCUAUUCCUGUCCUCCCUCGUCUUUAUUUUCCGGUCGAACGUCGACAACGGGGCCCACUUCCUCACCUCCGUCAUCGACCGCGAUCCGUCUCUCAAGUCCUUCCUCUCCCGCGUCGAUCUCUCCGCCGCCGCCGCCGCCUCCUCCGCCCCCCACCAGCACAACAUCCGCCUCCACCGACAACGCCGCCCUUUUCUUCACCUCACCCGUGUCGGAACCCUAGACGACGACUUCUUCUCCGGAGACCUUGACCUUGACCGCUCCCUGUUCUACCCUUCAUCGAAGCAAACUCCCAAUGCUACUUCCCUAAUCCUCUCGAAUUUCGAUCCGAGAUUAGGGUUUUCGCACCCCAUCGUGGACAACGGAAUUGCUAUUCCCCAAUCCGUUCGUUCCGGGUUAGUAUCCUUUAAGCCUUCAUCUGAACCAUUUGGAAUCGACGAUAAUUCCACAAUUCUCAGUGAGGGUCACAAUGACAACACAGUAGUGGUUGAUUUACAGUUCUUGGUGAAAGGUUUGGAGCUUGGCCGCAACGAUGUGACGAAAUUGCUUUUCCUGUUAGGGCUAUUCAUAGCUGCUUACAGUUAUGCGGUCUUCGCAUUCUUGGUCACAUACACUUGGGUAAAUGGCAUCAUCUUCAUCCAGGUACUGGAUAAUCUUCUAGGCAAUUCCAAAUCCCCUUUUAGGACAUUGUGGGAUGGUGCUGAUUUAGGGCUCAGAAGGCUUUCCGGAUUCGUUCUAAUAAGAUGGGCAGUCCGGGAUGCAUUGGCGCAGCUAUUGGGGAUCUGGUCUUUUGGUGAAAUUGAUGAUCAAUAUGAGUUCUUGAAGAUCUCCAUAAGAAUGAAAAUGAUGCCCUUUUCGGAUGUAGUACCAUGGGUUAAGGGGCACAAGGAGGAAAGCGUGUGCUUUACACUCUCAUGGUUCUUUGUCGAGUUGCUGGUGGGCUAUGUGUUUGCUUUAGAUUCAUGGGUUGCAAUUGUGGAUUCAAGAAAGAGCGGUAGGGAGGUUGUGAAGGAAGGGUGGCAUUUGUUGGGCACCUUACACAAACCUGCCAUGGGUAUCAAGUUUUGGGAAUCCAUGAUUUGUGGGCUUUUGACAAAAUUGGUAUUGAUUGAGGUUGUGGGGGAAGUUUACGCAACCGCAUUCCAGUCAGUCAUGGAAGUCUAUUUCAUGAUCGUCUGGCUCGUGUUUUAUUUGGCUGCAAGGUCAAUUGAUGCAUCCUCACUCAGGAGGACCUUUGGGCGUAGGGAAAUGGAGGGCUUUCUAGAGCGCGUCAGAUGAGUUCUUAUUUCAUCUGGUCGUAACCUUCGCAUUCGUGCCUAUGUGUAGUUGCGUAUUUGAAGUCUGCCAUUGUUGUGGUAAGUCUGUAAAAAACAGCCAUGAUAUGUUCUUGGUGCUUUAUCUGUUUGUACAUUCAAGUAAUGUAUAAGCCCCGAGGCAAACACAUUACCUGUAGGCUUCACUGGAUUUUUGGGAGUACGAUGCCACGUUUAGUUCUUGUGAAGACUCAUAUGGUGAGAAAAUGUAUAAAUACUACUCCUAUAGGUGAUAGAUGGUCAUUUUUUUUUGUGUUUCUGCUUAUAUGACAGUCUUUAUAGUCCAUUUUAAACAGGGACAAACUGUGUAAGGUGUACGUUGUCUUAGAGCCCGUUUGGGAAGGGUUAUUUCUUUGGAAUCGUUGGUUUUUUGAAUGGGAAAAAACACUUGGUAACAUU